AUGGACGACGAAGAGAGCGACCACAUCAACAGCGAAGAUAGCUUCGAGGAAGUCCAGGAGGACGGCGACGAUCCUGGAGACGUUGUUUACACAUCAGGAGAAGAGGAAGACUACGGUGUGUACGAAGAGCCGCUUGGUUGGAAGCCAGAGGGACCAGACGCUGUGUACCUUUCGAAGCUGUUGCUGAAACCCAACGAAGUCGAUCCCAACAACUUUAAAACCUGCGUCGACAAGGGCCGGAUUGUCCAGUGGCUUGCAAACAAGAAAUACUUGCGCCGCAACCUUCGCCGCAACUUCCAAUCAACGGCCACGUUUGCACAGGCAGUCGGUAUUCUGAACCAAGCAGGUCUUCGACCGGAAGGACUUCCCGGAUACAAUCCAGAUAUGGCGACGGUAAAGAAGAAGAAGACCUCCACCAAAAAAACUGCCAAAAAAACCCGGACUGCCCCGGUGGUUGGUGGUGGUGGUGGUGAUGCACCAGCGGAAGCAGCAGCUGCCGCAGUCCCCUUGGCUUGCCCUCCUGGCGAAACCAUGGUGACUUCCCGUGUUGUCACAUGUGACAAGUUCAUGGCUCCGACAAUGUUGCUUCGAAUUUUCACGUCCGACGACAUGGAUUCAAAGUAUCGAACCAAGCGAAAGCGUGCAAGCCUUCUCCUUAUCCUUGUCUCUGGCAUGAGACCCGAAGACGUCCGGGUGAUUCAAAAGCACGUGAACUGCGGUGGGCAUUGUGGAUCACAGUUCCUCGUCAAAUGGAGAAUUCCCAAGGAGCUCCGCCAAGCUGACUUUGUCAUGGCCAGGAACGCAAUCAUGGAUAGUGAAUUCUGCAACGACUUGGAGGAAUUCAUGAACGAUGUCACCGGUGGUUGGCAGGAGCAUCCUGUUGAUCUUGGCUUUCAGACUGAAGGUUUCUUCCGUGACAAACACUUUCGAAAAGCGGAGCCGGAGGCUGUUCACUGGCGCUGGAGCACUCCUCCCAUUCAAGGAGCCAAUGGGAGAUUCCAAGCUGCCUGCGUCUAUGUGACAACCUUCGAGGUUGCGCAUCAAGCUGAUGAGGAUCGCUAUGAUGACUUGGACGACUACUCGUUGGAACAGAUGACACUGAGUGACGUCGAGUAUCUUCGCCGGAAUCGAGGUGGCCGCUUCCAGCCAGCCCCACCACCACCACCACCACCGCUCGUGCCGCGCCCCCGCCGCAGUCAUUCGAACAACGGUCAUUCCGCGAGAGCAGCAUCCCGAACUCCCCCUCGGACCAACCGUAAGCCAAAGUUGCCUCUUCACCACACUCCUCCACGAGGACAGCCCAAAGAAGAUGAGCUCCAGCGCCGUCGCCGGGAAUAUCAGGAGUGGUUGAAGCAGGGAGGACAAGCUGCUGCUGCUAGCAAGCCAAAGGCGAAGCCAGCGCCUAAGGCACCCUCACUCAAGACUCCACCCAGGCGAGGAACGCCGACACGUCCUGGCAAGCCGUACAGAACUCCUCCUGCUGUCCACAAGGAGAGAGAGGAUCCAAUUCAGAUGGAGGUGGAUGACUUGCCAAAGACUUCCUUCGAAGAAGAGAACUCCGGUCGAUACUACAACAAGAGGCCAUUCGGUGGUGUCAAUGUCAAGUUCGGUGAGGUUGAAGACGUUUAUUCGGAGGAAGAGGUGGACGACGAAGAAGAAGAAGAGCCCGUCCGCACACCCAAACGCAACAGAGAUCGCGAUGACGAAGACGAUGAUCCUUAUGCCCCUCCUCAAAAGCAACAACAAGAACAACAAACAACAACAAGCAACAACUGUGGUGGUAAAGGCACAACGAAUAAUGAAUUGUGGAUGGCACCUGUAGUAGCAGAAAGAUAA